AUGUCUCCGACAACCAUGCAAGAAGACCACCUUCCGCACACAUUUGGGCUGUGGAGCGGCAUCAGCGUUGGCUGGCUGACCCUUAACGUUUUCGGAGGCUUGUCGUUUAUUCUGUUUGUCAGUCUUUCUGCAGGAGGUACUCCGGCUCUUCUCUAUGGCUUUAUUGGCUCAACUGUUUGUGUCUUCUGCAUCAUCUUGGUGUUUGCGCAGUGUGCAUCCAGAUUCUCGACGGCCAGCGGUGCCUACCAUUAUGAACGCGGAGAAAGCAACACGACUGACUGGUCAUGCAGUGUACCUAUCGUGGAGCUUAUCGGGCUCGCAACUGGCAGCGAUGCAUCAGCUGUUUUGUCUUGUCUGAUUCUCAUUAUCAAGAACGGAACUUCUGCUCUGAGAAGCGACAUCGCAAUGAGCAGGCAAGGUUAUGCCUUUUCGAGGGAUGGUGGUUUGUUCUGGAACGAAAGGUCGGCUGGAUACGCCACAUCAUCGCUUGACAAAGUUUCUGACAUAAGUUAG